AUGCGUACCGAAACCGCCCUGCUCCUCCUCCCCGCGGCCCUCGCGCAGACCCUGUGCCCCCUUACGCCCUGCAGCGCCGUCCACGUCCUCCUCGUCCGCGGCACGAACGAGCCGUACCCGGGCCUGCAGCAGCCCAUCGCCGAGGCCGUCUGCGCGGGCUGGGACUGCACAUGGGCCAGCGUCGAGUACCCGGCCGUCUUCCGCCCGAGCUACUGCGCCUCGGUCGAGGGCGGCGUCGCCAACACGCUCAGGGCGGUGACCGACUACGCCACGCGGUGCCCGGACUCCCGGAUCGUGCUGUCCGGGUUCUCGCAAGGCGGGCAAGUCGUUGGGGACCUGUUGGGCGGCGGCGGCGGCGAGUUUGUGUCGCAGGACUGCGUGCAAGAGGCAAACGAGGGGAUCUCGCCGGAGGCGUUUCCGGGCAACCGCAUUGCCGCUGCGCUGAUCUGGGGCUCUCCCAGACACGUUGCCAACCAGAGCUACAACCUGCUCGUCGGGGCCCGUCUGCAAUCCGGAUUCCCGAGAGAAGGCGCCCAGCUCGCGUCUCUGAACCGGUGGUCUUCGAUUCUGCGCGACUACUGCAACUUUGACGAUCCCGCGUGCGCCCAGGGGACCAGCUGGGACGCGCACGAGAACUACGGGCUGAAGUACGCCGAGGAUGCGGCCCAGUUUGUGCGGUUCAAGUCAUGUUAG